UUCGCCCUCGGACACAACGUCAGCGCAGUAAAAUGAGGCAGUGGGCUUGUAAAGGCGUGUCCCCUGUUUUGCGGGGUAAACGUGUAAAAUUGGAAAUCUAGUCCGUUUGGUCUCGGGUGAAGUUUGUUUCCAACACUAACGAUGCUGCGUCAUGGACGUCACAGUAAGGAAGAGGAUCUGUCCAUGAGACAUUGAACUGUCAGCUAUAUCAAAGGACCAACUCAUGAACAACAAUAAUUAAAAACCUACUUGUGAGCUGCAUUUUAAACAUCCAUAAAAUGGCCCACAGCACAUCUGAGAUGGAGUGGCAUCAAGUGAGUUAUGACAACUGGACAGAAUCUCAUGUGAGCUCCUGGUUGAAAUCCAUUGGAAUAAAAGAAAUGUACAUAACAAAGCUGAAAGAAGAGGAGGUCACUGGACCAGUCCUCACAACUCUUCAGAGAGAAUAUCUCAGCAAUACCAUUGGAAUGAAAGGUGGCCAAAUUGAGCAUCUACUUAAGAAAAGAGAUGAUCUUAUAAAUCCAGAACAGCUCAAAAGAAAGAAUAAGAAGGACUCCAGUAGUAAUGGAAAAGAUGAAAAAGAAGAAAGUAUCUUAGAUUCAGUACAAGAACCAAAACUUUGCUCACCAGAACCAGAGCAGAACAAAGAUAUGGACAGAGCAGAGCAGCUAAGUAUCACUAACUCAUUUAGUGAGAACGUAUCUUUCUGUGACUUUCGCAAAUUUGAUCAGAUUGAGAAGGACUGCAGGUAUGUGAAGCACAAUGUGCUUCCUCCAGAGACAGGAAUUGAAAACUUGAUUGUUCCCUGUCAUGAAUAUAAGUCGCUUGAGGUUGCACACAAACUAGACUCAAAAAGACUUCAAGCAAAAGUGGCAAAUGAAGUAUUAAGAUUUGCAUGUGCAUGCAUGAAUAUGAGAAGCAAUGGAACAAUUCAUUUUGGCAUCAUGGACAAAGUCAGAGGCACUCACAAGCACGGGGAAAUCAUAGGGAUACCUGUCAAAAAUCAGGAAGAUUUUGUGGAUGCACUGGAUUACAUUGAAAGAUGCUUCAAAGGAUCAAAUCAACAAAACGAUGCCAGGGCUUGCAUAAGGAACCCCCGAUUUAUUGAGGUUCUUGACAAGGAAGCUACGGAGAAGAAUUGGGUUGUUGAAUAUGAUGUUGUUCCAAAAGCAAGCAUUGUCAAAGAUAAACUUUUUUAUGUUGGUGUCCCAAAUUUCUUUGAGAAGGACAAGAAAGUCAAAUGUGAAGAGCAGGUUCCCUAUUACAGAGUAGGAGCCAACACAAAGAAAAUACCUGCAGAUGACCCAGUUCAUUUAGUUCAAUUCAUUCGAGGACUGACAGAGAAAGACCAACAGAGAGAGGAGGCAGAAUCAUCAACCACUGAAACAGCUCUGGACUUCAAAGAAGAUCAAAAGAGGAAACUUUCCAUCCUCCUAACGCGUGGUAAAAAACGCAUGGAUGACUCUUUGUUUUACAUAGUUGUCACAAACAAAAUUCAGCCUGAGCAUCUUGACUGCUUAAGCUUCUUGGUUAAUAUGAAUCUUUUCUGUGUCUUUGAUUUUGACCCUGAUUCUGAGGCAUCUGGACUUUAUGGUAAAUGUAAAAAUCUGAAGCCUGUAACCCCCCACUUUUUUAAGGACUAUGAAAACAACAAAAGAUUGGAAAAUGCUGAUUUCAUAAAAUCUUUGCAUCUCAAUGACCGAGUAAGUUGGAUUUUCUGCAACGGAAGAAACAACUUCCCUGGUGACGAAGUUCCCUAUGAUGAGAAAACCUGGAUCAAAAUAAGGAAAAAGAAGAUGAAAAAAGCAGUGUCACUCAUCUGCAACGACAUCCUCCCAAGGAAUUCAUUUGUGGUCCUUUUCCUGCUCAUGUCAGAUGUUGGGCAGCCGCUUGUGGAGACGUUUCACGAGUUCUUUGCAGAAAUGAAUGGACAUGAUUGUUUGACAGUCAUAUCAGAGUCAAAGGAAAACUACAAAAAAUGGUCAAGUCUUGCACAAGUGUCUUGUCCCAUAUCUGCACUGAAUGAAAUCAGUAUCAUUGACAUGCCUCUAAGUCACGUGGAUGCCACCAUUCAAAGCAUUCAGCUAACAAAGAACCAACCAGCAAGGAAACUACCAGUCUCAAACGGAGGUCUGUGCUUCCUAAAGUCUGUUGAAGAGGCUUCGCUAGAUUCUUUGGAAACCAUCAGUGUUGAUCAGUGUGAUGAUACAGACCUGAACAUCAUGAGCGAGGAGGAAAUUCAGCAAACCGAGCUUUACUUCUAUAGAGGAGGAAAGAUAGACUGGAUCAACUUCUGGCUUGCUGACAAGCAUAAGUGUGGACGGAUCAUUGAGCGAGAUGCCUACAAAGAAGCAAGCGAAAUCCUGGACAGUGUGGUUCAUCGCAAAGUCACACGCCCCAUAGAAAGUGUGAACAUAUACCAUCAACCAGGCAGUGGUGGAAGUACAGUGGCACGGCAGAUCCUCUGGCACUGGAAGAAAAAAGUGAGAUGUGCAGUUGUAAAACCGUGUAAGGAAGCCACAAAUGUGUGUGAGCAUGUUGUUAAACUGAGGGAACACAGUGAGAAGGACAAGAACAGCUGUCAACCAGUGCUCCUGCUGUUGGAGGACCAAAAUCCAGAUUACAUUGACGAUCUGAGACGACAUCUUGGAAAUGCCAUUGCAACCAAAAAGAUAAGUUCCUCUGUUUUGUGCUUUAUACUGCUCAUCUGCAAUAGAUCAAAUGAUCCAGAAAAAAUGACCAGAGCAUCCCCAUCUCAAACAGUGGCAAUCACACACAAACUGUCUGAUGACGAAAAGCCUUUGUUCAUAGACAAGGCCAGGCAACUCCAACUGCAGUUUGAAUCGGAUUUCAUCCUCACGUUUGUUCUGAUGACUAAUGAGUUCGAGCAAAAAUACAUUAAGAGUUUUGUGAAAAAUGUUCUAGAUAAAAUCGAUAAUUCAAGACCCGUCAUUUCUCUCAUCAGAUUCGUGGCUCUCUUGAACUGCUAUGUGAAGGAUUCAUACAUAUCCGUGUCACACUGCGAGGCAUUUCUUGGCGUUGCUCUCCAUGUGGUUGGAGCUCGGUACCACGCCUUUGUGGAUCAACUCGGUGAUGAUGCUAAGCUACUUUUCAUCCACCUAAGAGAAAGAACAACACACAUCCAGUCGAUUCGGAUCAUUCGUCCAGAGGUGGCAAAAGAAAUCCUGAGUCAGCUCUCUGCAGAUUUGCCUCAAAGUGUUAUUGCCAUGAAUCUCAUCAGAAAUGAAAUUCUGAUGAACCACAGGUUCGACCGACAUGAGUACCUAAACAUCAUUAAAGCUCUUUUCAUUAGACGCAACAAAAAAAGCAGAGGAGAUCCCGUAGACACAGCUUUUUCACCCCUUAUUGAGCAUGUCAUCACUGAAAAAGGAGACGUCCAGAAAGCUGUCGAUCUGAUGAACACAGCGUACAUGGCUUUGGGGCAAGAUGCCUAUGUGGCACAACAACUUGCCCGACUGCUUUACACAUAUGAAAGAUUUGAGAAGGCCCUUGAGUGGGCAGAGAAAGCAAAAUCUCUCGCUCCACAUGAUACAUUUAUCCUCGACACACUGGGGCAAGUGUACAAGCGGUGGUUUUAUCACUUGUAUGACAACCUUGAAGAAAAAGAACCAUCUUCUGAACGGGCUGUUGAAAUCAUAAGCAUUGCACUCAAAGGAAUUUCUGCCUUUCGUGCAUCUGAAAAGACACCAAAGAAGGAAACUGUCAGCCUCAACAGUUCAUACUAUGGAGAGGUGGAUGUUGGUUGCAGGCUGCUACAUUUUCUGUCCAGAGUGGAUGUUUUUUCACACACAACUGGAUAUUCAGAGUUGAUGAAGUACCUGUUAACAGACCACAUACCAGAAGAGGUCAACCAACCCUGGCAGAAGUUUCAUCAGCAGCUCAAAUGGCUGGAAAGGAGUCUGAGGCAAGCACUUGAGUGCAUUUCUGAAGAUCUGAGCUACUUUCAAACAGACAUUAGUGAAGAAGAAGAGGAACUUGAUGCAAGAGAUCCUGAACAAGUAUACAAUCCAAGAGAAUGGUUAACGAGAAAGAGUGCUGUAUAUGCUGGAUUUUUUUGCAGCACACCAGAAGAGAGUGAAGCAGCAGCUGAAAGCAGCAGCAUUGCUCCAGCUGAAAAGCUUUCUCCAUUUCAAAGGCAGAUGCAGACCUACAAGCUUGGUGGAGGAAAUGUUACAGCCAUCCUCUCAUUACUCUAUGACAAGAAAUCUCAAAGGGCAGGGAACAAGCUGGAAAUAAUUAUGGCCAUAUACCCAGAAAACCUGACAUGGAAAGAUCUUGACCAAACAGAACUCACAAACUUCAUCUUUUGCCAGAUUGCUCUCAACUGUAUUUUACCUGGUUCCUCAAAGCUACUGUCCCUUCAAAACCUGCAAGGUCUCAGCAAGAGGUUCAUGACCAAAGGGAAAAACAUGUCAUCAGCAAGUGCUCUCUUCCUUCUCUCUCUUCUGUUUUGGCCAGAACAAAGCGAUGACCUCAGUGCUUCCGACACUCAGAUCCUUUUAUCUGCCAUUGAUGCCCUUCAGAGACUUUGUGAGCAAAAAGUCCAACACAUGGCUCAAAGGAAAAGCAGAAUUGUGACACACUUCUUUCUGGCAAAAGGAAGAGGUCUCAACAAGAUUGUCCACAGAAGUGCUAUUGAAAAGCAUAUUAAAGGCACUCUGAGCGAAAGAAAACUGAAGUGGCUCGGAGGGGAAGUCUGGAAAAGCAAGGAAGUUGUGCAGCAACUGAAACGGGUUGAGGGAUGGACAGAAAAUGAAAACCUGUAUGUAAAAUGUGGACAGAAGGACAAGAAGAUUAGGAUCAUUCCUCGUUAUUCUGCCUCCCUGCCACAUGGAAAUGAAAAGGUCACAUUUUACUUGGGUUUUUCGUUUGAUGGUGUGGUUGCCUUGGACAUUCAGGUGAUGGAAUAAUAGUCCAAGUAUAAACCUUCAAUCAUUAAAUCUGGACAUGACAUGAUCUAAAGAAAGUUGGACAUUUGUUUCACAUUUAUUUUCUAAUAGUCUUUUUUUUUCUGUUUUUGCAUACUUAAUUUUUUCUUCUUUUAAUGAAGUUAAAAUAACCAAAAAAGUUAUAUUUGAUGUUUUGACCUUUUCUCCUGGCAUUUAUCUGUAAAAUAAUAUUUUUAAUCUAUAUUUUGGAUUUGUUUUGACAAAGAUAAAAAGUGAACAGUUGUGAAUUAUUUGAGAAUCAUGUUGUGAUAAAAAGUCAUACUGAUAUUUGUAAAUAAUAAAAAGCAUGUACACAUUAGCAAUGAUAUUUUUAGACACUUCUGAGACAGAAUUGUGCAGAAAGUCUGAAGAUUUUGUGACCUUUAUAUUUUCUUUUUUUUAUUAUUACAUCCAGAAAUCAGGAAAAAAAUUGUUUAAAUGUUUUUAAUGUUUUGAAUAAAGAAAACAUAAGUGGAAACAA